GCAAUAUUAUUCAUAUUUGCCUUAUCUUUGUACAUUAAAAAAAGAGGUGCUUACAUAUCGGGUCGGGACAUAAUAUUUGGCUAAUUGAGAUGGCUAAUGAUAACAGAGAGAUCCAAUUUGAGGGAUUCGAUAUUAAGACCGGGAAUAUCGACAUGAAUUCGUUGCCGGAAAAUUUAACGUUCACUCACGGGAAUAUUUUUGAGAAUGGUCUUCCCUAUCCGGAUAAUUAUUUUGAUUACGUUAACGUGAGGUCUUUACUAGGUUGGUUACCCAGGGACAAGAUUUCGUUUGUGAUCGAGGAAAUAAGGAGGGUAACGAUCCCUGGCGGGAAACUCGAGAUGCUGGAGACCGACGUCAUCAUAAAAAAUGCGACGGAACAUUAUGAAGAGAAACUUGGAAAGAUCUGGCGGGAUUUAUGUGCAUGUAAAGGUUACGAUCCCAAUAAUGUAAUUGAAUUGGAUAAAUUCCUGGAGAGGGACUUUUUCGGAAUAACGAACUCAAAAUUAUCAAUACCUAUUGGGGGGUUUGGCGGAAAGGUCGGUGAAUUAUACGCUGAAGCGUUUAUCUGUGCAGUUACUACUAUUGCGUCAGUCAUGGAGGAGAAACUAAACAUGACUGAUAAAGCUAUUAAAGAAUAUCUUUCAGAAUGCAUCGAGAAGUUGAAUAUUGCCCAGGCGUACACCAACAUAUAUCUAGUCACCGCCACAAAAAGCUUUAGGUGAUAAUAUAUAUAUAUGUAUAUACACGAUAAAAAAAGAAUAUAUGAUAAAUAAGCUUAUAUUGUAUGUUAGUACCUUCUUAAGAUAUUAUUAUAAAUUUAAUACAUAAUUUGCAUGUCAUAUGAGAUUCUCAUAAGCAUAAU